AUGGUUUAAACUUUGAUGAAAUAGGCAAUGACUUUUUUAUACUUUUUAAUAGUAUGCUAUUGUGAUGAUAAAUUCAACUAAAGAGAUUAUGAUACAUUUUAACAGUAUAUAGGAAUAAAUCAGGAUAAUUUCAGACUGAAAACUGGAAAUUAUAAAUGUGUUUUAAAAGCCAUUCUCAUUAUUAAAAAUUAAAAUGAAGUAUUAACAGAGAAUAAUGAAAUAUACAUCAAUGAAGAUGAUUAUAUAAUCAGAAAUACUAAAGGUUAAGAUCAAAUAGGUUUUAUUUUAAGGGAUAACAAAAACUAAGAAGCAAUAAUAGGGUUUUAAAUGCUUGAGAGCGAUGAAUAUAAAAACAUUAUAUCUUCAGCCACCGUUUAAUAAAUAUACUGCAAUGAAGUAUUAAUUGAAAAGAAAAAUAAAAAAAGAGUUUUAGCUGGAGGGUGCCCAAAUGGUAAAUGGAAAGACCCAUUAUAUAAUAACGAAUGUAGGAGUUGUAUUCCUGGAUGUGAUGAAUGUUCAUCAAAAAAUACAUGCGAUACUUGCUCCAGCGGAUAAAAAUAUAUGCCUGAUAAUACUUGUGAGCCUAGUUGUAGGUCUGGAUAAAGUACUAGUUUAUUUUCACCGAAUACGUGCUCUGGGUGUGGUAGUACUUGUAAUUGUUCUGGAGUUUUUACAAAAACCUGCGACUCUUGUAAAAAUUCUUCUGAAAAAAUUUAUGAUGAAAAAAAUGUAUGUGCAGGUUGUAAUGAUGUUGUGGGAUACUAUUCUUCAGGAAAAAAUUGCUAUAGAUGUGAUUAUUCAUGCCUGAAAUGUAGUGGUAAAAGUUCUACAAAUUGCACAUCCUGUAAACAAGAUCUACUUUUUUAUGUAGAUAAUAACUCUUGUAAGUAUCAAUAAAAAUGUGAUUCAUAAUACUAUUAAAGUGGGACCUAAUGUAAACCUUGUGAAAAUAAUUGUGAUACUUGUAAUUCAGCAACGGAAUGCGUAACUUGCAUAGCUAGUUAUUAUUUUUACGACAAUAAGACCUGCGGGCAAUGCAAAGAAAAAGGAUAUUACAAAGAUAUUAGCAAAAAACAAUGUAAGCAAUGUAAUGCUUCCUUAAAUUGCAGUGAAUGCUUAGAUUCAGUUUCGUGCACUGUUUGCUAACCAAAUUUUUAUUUUUAUCUAGGUUAAAAUACAUGUAAAAGUUGUGUUAGUGGGUAUUUUAUAAAAAAUUAGUAAUGCCUAAUUUGCGAUAACAAUUGUAAAACUUGCAUUAAUAAUAGUACUAAUUGUACAAGUUGUAAUAGUGGUAACUAUCUUUAUCAGCCAACCAAUACAUGUGUUCCUUGCACAAAUGAUGGAGUUUUUAUUGAUACAUCAAAUAAUACAUGUGUUGAUUGCAAUCCUAGUCUUAAUUGCUAGAAAUGUAGUAAUAUAAAUACAUGUACAUAAUGUAAAAAGCCAAAUUAAUAUAUUUACGAUUCUGGAAAAUGUGAUUUGUGUGGUGAUGGAUAUUAUAUUUCAAAUAUUAAUUGCAAAGCUUGUAACUCUGCCAUAAAUUGCUCGACUUGCUCUAAUUCUACUUAAUGCUUAGCAUGUAUAUCUGGAUAUUACUUAGACUCUAUUAGUAAAGCAUGUGUUAAAUGCGAUUAAGAUGGAUAAUACAUAAGCGGAUCUUAGUGUAAUUAUUGUAAUCCUUCUUUAAAUUGUAAAACGUGCUUAAAUGGAACAACUUGCAGUACUUGUAAUUCUGGAAAAUACUUAUAUCCCUCUUAAUCUAAAUGUGAUUUUUGUGUAAAUGGAUAUUUUAUUCAAGGAACAGAUUGUAAAUUGUGUAAUAAUAGUUUAAAUUGUUCAACUUGUGGAGAUUUUAUUACUUGCUUAACAUGCUAAUCAAAUUAUUACUUAGAUUAAAGUAAAAUUUGUGUGAAAUGUGAUCAACCAGGUUAAUAUAAGGAAAAUACCUCAUGUAAAGUCUGUACACCUUCUUUGAAUUGCACUACUUGUUAAAAUGGAACUUAAUGCUUAACAUGCUAACCCACGUUUUAUCUUGAUAUUAAAACAUAAACUUGUAUAAAAUGUAAUCUUGAUGGUCAAUUUAUUGACACUACUAACUGUAAUUAUUGUAAUGCUUCUUUAAAUUGUAAGACAUGUUCUAAUAGCACUACUUGUAAUACUUGCAACACUGGUUAAUAUCUAUAUCCUUUGAAGGCUAAGUGUGAUACUUGCGUUGAUGGAUAUUUUAUAUAGGGCACAGACUGUAAGGUAUGCAAUAGUUCUUUAAAUUGUAAAACAUGUGGUGAUUUUAACACUUGCUUGACUUGCUAACCAAGCUAUUAUUUAGAUUCAAGUAAUGUUUGUGUAAAGUGCAAUCUACCUGGCUAAUUUAUCUUCAAUAAUAUUUAAUGUAAAGUAUGUACACCCUCCUUGAAUUGCACUACUUGUUAAAAUGGAACUUAAUGCUUAACAUGCUAACCCACGUUUUAUCUUGAUAUUAAAACAUAAACUUGUAUAAAAUGUAAUCUUGAUGGUCAAUUUAUUGACACUACUAACUGUAAUUAUUGUAAUGCUUCUUUAAAUUGUAAGACAUGUUCUAAUAGCACUACUUGUAAUACUUGCAACACUGGUUAAUAUCUAUAUCCUUUGAAGGCUAAGUGUGAUACUUGUGUUGAUGGAUAUUUUAUAUAGGGCACAGACUGUAAGGUAUGCAAUAGUUCUUUAAAUUGUAAAACAUGUGGUGAUUUUAACACUUGCUUGACUUGCUAACCAAGCUAUUAUUUAGAUUCAACUAAUGUUUGUGUAAAGUGCAAUCUACCUGGCUAAUUUAUCUUCAAUAAUAUUUAAUGUAAAGUAUGUACACCCUCCUUGAAUUGUGCAACAUGCUAAAACUCAACUUAAUGUUUAACAUGCCAACCCUCCUUUUAUUUAGAUGCUAAGAAUUAAGCAUGUGUAAAAUGCAAUAUUGAUGGAUAAUUUAUUGAUGGAUUAAACUGUUAAUAUUGCACUUCUUCUUUGAAUUGUGCAACUUGCUAAAAUGCAGCAUAAUGCUUAACUUGCCAAACCAAUUUCUAUCUUGAUUCGAAAGCAUAAACUUGUGUAAAAUGUAAUAUUGAUGGAUAAUUUAUAGAAUCUGUAAAUUGUAAAUAUUGCAAUCCCACCUUAAACUGUAAAAGUUGUUCCGAUUCAAUAACAUGCAACUCCUGUAAUUCUGGUUAGUAUCUUUAUCCUUAACAAGCAAAGUGUGAUUAAUGCAUUGAUGGAUAUUUUAUUUCAAAUACUGAUUGUAAAACUUGUAACAGUAGUUUGAAUUGUAAAACAUGUGAUAACUUUUAAUCAUGUAAAACUUGUAUAAAUAGCUACUAUUUAGAUCAAACAAAUGUUUGCGUUAAAUGCAAUUAAGAAGGGCAAUAUAUUAGCAAUCUAAAUUGCUUGCCUUGCACUCCAGGUUAUAAUUGCAAGACUUGUGUGGAAGCUAACAAGUGCCUAACUUGUUUGACUAACUUUUUUUUGGAUAUUAAUAGCAAGUGUGUCGAUUGCAAUUAAGAUGGGUUAUAUAAAAGUGGAUUAAAUUGCUACUAAUGUAAACCAUCCUUGAAAUGCUUAAAGUGUCAGGAUGGAAAUUCAUGCUCUGCUUGUGAUUAAACUAAUAGCUUAUAUCUUUAUAUAUAAGAAGAUAAAAGGUGUGAUAUUUGUAUAGAUGGAUUUUAUGUAAGUUCAGGAAAUUGUAUUUAAUGCGAAACAGAUAGGCAUUGUAAGAAAUGUUCUAAUUCCACAGAUUGUUUAACUUGCACAGAUACCUACUUCCUAGAUAAAAAUAAUAAAUGUGUGAAAUGUAAUUUAGACGGUUAGUUUAUUGAUAAAAGCAAUUGCUUGGAUUGUAAUAGUUCUUUGAAUUGCAAAACUUGUAGUAAAUUCUCUGCUUGCGAUACUUGUAAUCCUUCUUAAUAUCUUAUUAACAACACUUCUUGUGUUAAUUGUACAGAUGAUGGAUUUUUUGUUUCUGAAAAUAAAUAUUGUUUGCCUUGUAACGCAAAUUUAAAAUGUUAAAAAUGCUCUCUAUAUACCAAAUGUGACACAUGUCCUAAUGGUCUCUUUUUAUAUCCUGAUGGACAUUGCGGAAAUUGUUCAGAAGAUGGUUUUUACAUUGAUCCAGAUCAAAUAAAUUGCAGAUCAUGCACUAAGGAGUUAAAUUGUAAAACAUGUAAUAAUGGUAUAAGAUGCAAAACUUGCAGCGAUUCUGAUUAUUUAUAUUAAACCGGAUAAUGUGGGUAGUGCGUAGAUGGAUAUUAUAUAGAUCAAAGGCAAUGCCUGAAAUGUAAUGAUUAAAUAAAUUGCCUUACAUGUGAAAAUGGAACUAAGUGUUUGACAUGUUAAAAUAAUUACUAUCUAGACUCAAAAAAUUAGACUUGUGUUAACUGUGAUUAAGACUUAUAAUAUAGAGAUGGUUUAAACUGCCUAUACUGCAACCCAGUUUUAAAUUGCAAGACAUGCAUUAAUUAAGAUUAAUGCUUAACUUGUUACAAGGACAAGUUUUUUUACAUUAAAAGUGCUAAGUGUGAUGUUUGUACUGAGGAUGGAGUUUUUAAAUUUUAAGAAAAAUGUGUUCCAUGCACUGAAAGUCUAAAAUGCAAAACCUGCUUAGAUAAUAAGUCAUGUCAAACUUGUCCUGAUGGUUUAUUUUUAUAUGAAGAUGGGCACUGCGAAUAGUGCAAAGAGGAGGGCUUCUACAUAAGUGGCAAACAAUGUUUAAAAUGUACUGCUGUUUAUAAUUGUAAAACAUGCUCUUAAGCAAAUUAAUGUCUCACUUGCAAUUAAGAUGAUUUUCUUUAUCAAAGUGGUAAAUGUGAUUUGUGUGUAGAAAAUGGUGUUUAUUAAUCUUCUCCUAAUUGUUUAUAAUGCAAUCCUUUAUUUAACUGUAUGACAUGUUAAAAUGGAAACAGCUGUUCAAGCUGCUAAUUGAAAAACCAUUAUAUUGACGAGACAACAUUAAAAUGUGGAGAAUGCUUAGAUGGAAAUUAUGUAGAUGGAAUUUUUUGUAGAAAAUGUAAUUAAAAAAUAAACUGUAGUACUUGUUUAAAUGGAAUAUCUUGCUUAACAUGUAAUAUUGGGUAUUAUUUAUACAAGAAUUAGUAAUGUAUAUAAUGCAACCAAGAUGGGGUAUUUAUUGAUAAUACAAAAUGUUUAGAUUGCAAUGAUUAACUGAACUGCUAAACAUGUGAUGACUUUAAUUCAUGUAAAACAUGUAAAGAUUAACUUUACUUAUAUGAUGUAGGUAAAUGUGAUAAUUGUAUUGAUGGGUACUAUAUUGAAAAUUCUAAGUUAUGUAAAAAGUGUAAUAGCACUAUUAAUUGCUUAACAUGUAAUAAUUAUUCUAGUUGUUUAUCAUGUCCAGAUAAUCUUAAACUUUUAGAAAAUUAAACAUGCGAUGAAUGCAAACCAGGUUCAUUUGUUUAAAAUGAAAAAUGCUUUAAGUGCAACAGUUCAAUCAAUUGCAAGACUUGCUCAAAUAUAAACACAUGUGAUACUUGUUUAGAUAAUUUUUAUCUAGAUGGUUCUCAGAAAUGUGUUAGUUGCAAUUUAGAUGGAUAAUAUAUUGAUGGAACUAACUGUCUACUUUGUCCAAGUAGUUUGAAUUGCAAAACUUGUAGUAUAGGUACUAAAUGUGACACAUGUAGUAGUAAUAAUUUCCUCUAUGAUGAUGGCCACUGCUAAACUUGCUUAGAUGGGUUUUUUAUUUAAGAUAAAACUAAGUGCAAAAAGUGUAAUGAUUCAAUAAAUUGUAUGACUUGUUCUGACUUUAGCACAUGUAAUUCAUGCAAACCAACAUUUUAUCUCCAUAUAGAUAGCACAUGCUAGUUUUGUAAUGAUGGAUUUUAUAUAGAUACUGAUUAAAUACAUUGCUAUUAAUGUAAUCCAAAGCUAAAUUGUAAGACUUGUAAAAAUAAUUCUACUUGUAUUACUUGCUAAGAAAAUUAUUAUUUAGACGAUAGCUAAAUUUGUGUUCCUUGUAAUUAAGACGGUUAGUAUGUUGAGGAUAAUUUAUAUUGUAAAAUUUGUAAUUAGGCAAUAGGAUGCUAUACUUGCUUAAAUGGAAGUACUUGUGAGACAUGCAAGGACAAUUUAAUUCUAUAGCAAGAUAAAACAUGUAAAAAGACUUGUGAUGAUACUUAUUAUGAGGAGUAGAUAGGUAUAAAAAGAUGCUUACCUUGUGAUAAAACUUGUUACUAAUGUAAUGGCCCUCUAAAUAACAAUUGCAAGUCAUGUAAAAGUGGAGAUUAUCUCAGAUAAGAUGGAACUUGUGGAGAUUGCUUAUCAGUAAAUUAAGUUUAUAUUGAUCCAAAGAAUCCUACUUUAUGUAUGAAUUGUGAUUCUACAUGCAGGGAAUGCACUAAUGGUUUAAAGAAUGAUUGUACAAAUUGCUUUGAUGGAUAUUAUUUACUUGAAGAUGGAACAUGCGGAAUAUGUCCAACGGAAAACUAUUUUAUUGAUAAAAUUAAAUGUAAGAGCUGCCAUAUUUCGUGCAAAAAUUGUAUUGAUUAAACAGAUUUAGGUUGUACUGCUUGUGUUAGUAACUUAUAUUUUUUAAAUUAAAAAUGUUAGAUAUGUCCUUCAGAAUAUUACUUUAUUUAAAAUAAUAAAUACUGCAAGUAAUGUCACUCUUCUUGCAAAACCUGCAAAGGUGAGACUUAAAAUGAUUGCUAAACAUGUAUUGACCAAUUUAAUUUUAACAAAAGUAAUUUAUGUGUCAAAUGUUUAACAUAGAAUUCACAGUUUAUUGACACUGAUAAAAUUUGCAAAGAUUGCUCAUCUAAUUGUCAAACUUGCUUUGGAGAAGCUGAUAAUUAGUGUUCUACUUGUAAAACUAAUUUUUAUUUUGACAAAGAAAACAAAUGUAAUACCUGCGAUAUUGAUAAUAAUUAUUUUAUUUCUGGGAUAUAUUGCAAGUAAUGUGAUUAAUCUUGUUAAACUUGUAUUAAUGAAUCAAAUUAAGGUUGUAAAAAAUGCGCUGCUGGUUUAAGUAAACAUCCAGAUGGCUUAUGCAAAGUAUGUCAAACUAGUAAUGGAUUUUUUUAGUAGGGUGAGUUGUGCUUACCUUGUGGAUAUUAAUGUAAAUAAUGUACAUCAUCUAAUGUCUGCACUUAAUGCUAAGAUAAUUAUUUACUUGACAAUGGAAUAUGCCGUGAUUGUAAACCUGAGGAUAGCUUAGUAUCUGUAAAUGGGUAGUGCUUCAAAUGUGAUUCAAGUUGUAAGCAAUGUAAUGAUGUAAAUAAUACAGACUGCACGAUUUGCAAAGAUGGAACAUAUUUUGCUGAUCAUCCGACAAUAUAAGGAAAGUAAAUUUGUAGAAUGUGUUUAAAGGAAGGAGAGUAUUUAGAUGGUAAUAGAUGUAAAAAUUGUAAUACAUAAUUAAAUUGUGUAGCUUGCAAAGAUUUUAACACUUGUACUAAAUGCUAAAAGAAUUAAUACAUUUUUGAUGAAGGUAAAUGCGAUAAUUGCCCAUCAGAAAACUUUUAUAUAACGUAAGAUUUAUAAAGGUGUAAACCUUGUACUAAAUAGUAUAAUUGCAAAACAUGUUCCAACGAAAAUAGUUGUAAUACUUGCUAUGAAAAAUUCUUUUAUUCAAACAAAAUAUGCAAUAGUUGUAAUUCUGAUUGUCAAACUUGCUUUGGGCCUAUUUAUACUGACUGCAAUACAUGCAUAUAAGGUAAGUAUUUUAUAUAAGGAGAUUCAUAAAAGAUAUGUAAACCAUGUCCUUAGUUAACUUAUUACAUUGACAAUAAGUAAAACUAAUGUUUAAAGUGUUUUGCAACUUGCUUAAAGUGUAAAGAUGGUUCAAAAACGGGUUGUACAGAGUGUUUAAAAGGUCUAUCACUCUUUGAAGAUGGUUAAUGUAAAGUUUGUCCGACAGAGGGUUAUUACCUAGAUGAAUCUACUAACAAAUGUUAUAAAUGUCACGAAACAUGUAGACACUGCUCAGGAACUCUUUAAUCUGAUUGCCUUGAUUGCUAUUUGUAUAAUUAUUUAACAGUUAAAAACCCAGUUUAAAACACUGGAAUUUGUCUUCCAUGCCAUCAUGAUUGCGAAACAUGUAAAGGUGAUUAACAAAACCAAUGUUUAACAUGUAGAAUAAAAUAUAGCUUUUUUGAUGAGAACAAUAUAUGUAGUCGUUGCCAUGAUGACUGCUCUUAAUGUACAGGAUCUUUAAAUACUCAGUGUAUUAAAUGCCUUAAAGAAGGAUUAUAUAUUUAAUAAGAAACUAAACUUUGCGAAAAAUGUAGAUCAAAUUAAUACAAUGAUGGAUAUCGUUGUUUUGACUGUGUUUAAUAAAACUGCAUAAAGUGCUAAAAUGCCAAAGAGUGCACUCUAUGCGAAAAACCAUAUAAACUCACAGUAGACAAAGCUUCCUGCAGCUAAUGCGAAUAGGAUUAGUGUCAUGAUGAGUUUAAUAUUUGUCAUAUUUGUAAAGAAAAUUGUUUGGCUAAGUGUCCAAAAAUUAAAGAAAAGCCGUGUGAAGUAUGUGAUGCUAAAUUAGCUGUAGUUGUAGAAUAAAAAUGUGAAAACGGUUACUUAGAAAAUGGAGUAUGUAAAAGUGCCUCAGAAAAAGUGACAACUUCUAAAAUGGUCGUAAUAGGAGGUUUAUUUGUUUUAAUCACUUUUUUAACAUCCUUUAAGUAUAUUCCUCUCAUUAGACCAUGA